UGAGGUUUUCUAUUUGAAGUGUGCUGUACAUCAAUAUUACGUACCUUGUGCUAUUUAGCUAACAGCUAAGUUUUCCUGUCCUAUCAAUCAAGAGCAUGUAUUUGAAACAGAUUGUGCUGGAUGGAUUCAAGUCAUACGCCCAGAGGACAGAGAUCUGUGGAUUUGACCCUCAAUUCAAUGCAAUCACUGGACUGAAUGGCAGUGGGAAAUCUAAUAUUUUGGACUCCAUCUGCUUCCUCUUAGGCAUAUCCAAUCUAUCUCAGGUACGUGCUGGUAGUCUUCAGGAACUGGUGUACAAAUCUGGGCAAGCAGGUGUUACCAAGGCAACUGUCACCAUCACAUUUGACAAUAGAGAUAAGAAACAAAGUCCAGUCGGCUACGAGUCUUAUGAUGAGCUCACUGUAUCAAGACAGGUUGUGAUUGGUGGUCGCAAUAAGUACCUGAUCAAUGGGAGCAAUGCCACACCCUCUAGAGUGCAGGACCUGUUCAGGUCGGUCCAACUCAACGUCAACAACCCUCACUUCCUCAUUAUGCAGGGACGGAUCACUAAGGUCCUCAACAUGAAGCCUCUUGAGAUCCUGUCCAUGAUAGAGGAGGCAGCUGGUACCAGGAUGUACGAGAGUAAGAAGAUGUCGGCGCAAAAAACAAUUGAGAAGAAAGAUGCUAAACUGAAGGAAAUCUCAGUGAUUCUGAAUGAGGAGAUCACACCAACGCUUCGUAAGCUCAAGGAAGAGCGCUCAUCUUACCUGGAAUACCAGAAGGUCAUGAGGGAGCUGGAGCACCUAUCUAGACUCAGCAUUGCAUUCCAGUUUGUGCAGGCAGAGAGUGCUCGUCAACAGUCGUCUACUGAGCUGGAUGAGAUGAAGGGAGGAGUCCAAGAGCUGACUCAGCAGAUUACCCAGGCUGAUAGUGCAAUAGAGGAGAUAGCAGCUACCGUGGCUGAGCUGGAGAAGAAGAAAGCUAAGGAGGCCCAGGGUCCCAUUCUUGAGUCAGAGAAGAGAGUGAAAGACUUGGCCAUGGCCCAGGCUGUCACUGAGGCAACCCUCAAGACAACCAAAGAUGAGCUGGCUGCCGAGAAAAAGAACCACAAAUCCCUUACCAAGUCAUUUGAGGAAGACAAGUCCCUGCUUGAAGCCAAGAAGAAAGAUGUUGAUGCGAGACAAGAAGCCUACCAGGAGCUCCAGGAGAGGAGUAAAGGAGCAGAGAGGGCUAUACAAACAGCCCAGCAACACUUUCAGGCUGUCACAGCUGGUCUCUCUAGCAACGCUGACGGGCAGGAGGAGACUCUCGCGGCUCAGAAAAUUGCGUGUGAGAGUGAGAUCAGUGCUGCCGUCACCGAGACUAAGGCUGCCCAGAUGAGACUGGCCAGUGCUCAGUCAGAGCUCAAGGAGAAAGAGGGUCUCUGUAAGGACAGUGGACACUCGUACACACAGGACAAGGCUAAGUUCGAUGCCCUCGGCAAAGAGAUUGCUAAGAUUGAGACUGCGAUGCAGAAGAUUGGAUAUAAAGAUGGACUGCAAGAAGAGCUACUCAAGAAAAGGGACGAUUUGAUGUAUGAAGUGGCAAAACUCAAAGAAAGGGUGCAAGCACUUGAAUCGAGGUUCCCCCAGGUCCAAUUUAACUAUCAGAGUCCCAGUUCGGGGUUUGACCAUAGUCGAGUGAAAGGCCCGGUUGUGAAGUUGGUGAGAGUGAAGGACUCCUCCACUGCCACUGCACUGGAGAUUACAGCUGGGGGCAGGCUGUUCAACAUAGUGGUGGACACAGAGGACACUGGUAAGCAGCUGUUGCAGAACGGGAAGCUCAAGCGUCGUUACACCAUCAUUCCCCUAAACAAGAUAUCAGCACGAACCAUCAGCGCUGACGUCGUCAAGAAAGCUCAGUCUCUGGUGGGCAAGGACAAGGCACGCCCCGCCCUUUCCCUAGUGGGCUACGAAGAUGAGUUACGACCGGCCAUGGCCUAUGUAUUCGGAUCUACUCUGAUUUGUGACACACUGGAUAGUGCUAAGAAGGUGACAUUUGACAAGCAGGUGAUGACACGCUCUGUUUCUCUUAGUGGGGAUGUGUUUGACCCCUCAGGCACUCUCACUGGCGGCUCUCGGGCCCACACCUCCUCCAUACUCACCAAGCUACAGGAGCUGCUUGACUGUGAGGGAGAGCUCAAAGAGAAGGAGGCUGAGCUAAGGGCUGUGGCCUCGCAGCUAGAAAAAGUGAAAACAGUUGCCGAAAAGUACCAUGGUCUCAAAGAGCAGAGAGACAGCAAGUCACACGAGGCAGAAAUGGUGGAGAUGAGAAUGAAGGAGAGCACUCACCACCAGCAGCUAGCUCACCUACAAGAGCUCAAGGACACCAUUGCCAAGCAGAAGGAGACUGUGAAGCAAUCUGUAGCCAUGGAAAAGAGUGCCCGUGCCAAACUCAAAGAGAUCCAACAAAAGAUGAAGGACUCCAAGUCUCACCACGAGAGAGAGCUAAAAGAGGCGGAAGCAUCCAUCACCAGAGCCAAGAAGGAGGCAGAGAGUGUUGUGAAGGAGGCCAAGAGCAGGGAGCAGGAGAUGCAGGCACUCACUCUGGAGGUGGAGGAGCUGCAGAAAGGACUGGAGGCGCAGCAGGGACAGAUUGAUGCCAGUGCUGCGACCAUGGCCAGUAAAACUGACACUUUGGAGGAGCGCAAGACAGCCAAUGAAGAAGCCAAAAGCUCACUGGAGGCAGGCAAAAAGGAGUUAGACGAGCAGAAGGUGGCCUUGCGAGAGCGGAACAAAGAGCUGUCAAGGUGUGAGCAGGAGAGGAAGGAGAGAGAGAAGGAAAAAGUCAGCUGUGCUCUCAAAAUCAAAGAGCUCGAGCACAAGAUCACAAAGUUCCACAAGGACAGUCGAGAUGCAGCACAGAGAGUCGAGUCCCUACUCUCCAAGUACGACUGGAUAGCAAGAGACAAGCAGUACUUUGGUCAGCCCAACACAGCCUAUGACUUCACUACCAACCAACCGAGAGAGGUCGAGAAGAAACUGGCUAAACUGCAGGAACAGAAGGAUAAGCUGAGCAAAAAUGUGAACAUGCGUGCAAUGAACAUGCUUGGGAAAGCUGAAGAAAAAUACAACGAUCUGGUAAAAAAGAAGGAGAUUGUGGAGAACGACAAGCUCAAGAUUGCCGAGCUCAUCACUCAGUUGGACCACAAGAAGAACGAGGCACUGCAGGGAGCAUACGACAGAGUUAACACGGAUUUUGGCUCCAUAUUCUCUACUCUGCUGCCAGGGUCACGGGCCAAGCUCUCCCCACCCGAGGGUCAAGGGGUGCUCGAUGGACUAGAGGUAAAGGUGGGUUUUGGGGAGGUCUGGAAGGAGAGUCUGCAGGAGCUGUCUGGAGGUCAGAGGUCGCUCGUGGCUCUCUCGCUAAUCCUUUCCCUCCUCCUCUUCAAGCCAGCCCCAGUCUACAUCUUGGAUGAGGUAGAUGCUGCUCUAGAUCUCUCUCACACCCAAAACAUCGGCCAGAUGCUCAGGACCCAUUUUAAACACUCACAAUUCAUCGUAGUCUCGCUCAAAGACGGUAUGUUCAACAACGCCAACGUUCUUUACAAGACAAAAUUUGUGGAUGGCGUCUCCACAGUAACCAGGUAUGUGAAUCCCAGUAUAACGUCACAGGCUGGUCCCAGUUCAACAAGCAAGGAAAAUAGUGGACGUCAUCAGCGUGGGAAACAGACCACCAGUGGCCACCAGUCCAAGAAGCCUUGCACAGGAGGGGUGUCUGUGCUCGCCCCCACCCAAUGAACAAGAACAUUGCAACUAUUUCUCUUAAUAAUAGAUCUAUGAACUGUGUAUAAUUAUGCGUAGCUGUUUUAAUUGCUGUCUAAUAUUGUUGAUACCAUAAUAUUAAAUCAUGGAAUCAAUAUAA